AUGGCCGACCAGAGACAGCGCUCACUCUCUACCUCUGGGGAAUCACUAUACCAUGUUCUGGGGCUGGACAAGAAUGCAACCUCAGAUGACAUUAAAAAGUCCUAUCGGAAACUUGCCUUGAAAUAUCACCCUGACAAGAACCCCGAUAACCCAGAGGCUGCAGACAAGUUUAAGGAGAUCAACAACGCCCACGCCAUCCUGACGGACGCCACAAAAAGAAACAUCUACGACAAGUACGGCUCGCUGGGGCUCUAUGUGGCCGAGCAGUUUGGGGAGGAGAACGUGAACACCUACUUCGUGCUGUCCAGCUGGUGGGCCAAGGUGCUGUUUGUCGUGUGCGGCGUGCUCAGCUGCUGCUAUUGCUGCUGCUGCCUCUGCUGCUGCUUCAACUGCUGCUGCGGCCGCUGCAAGCCGCGCGCGCCCGCCGGCCCCGACCCCGGCGUCUACGUGUCCCCCGAGGACCUGGAGGCGCAGCUGCAGUGCGACGAGCGGGAGGCCGCAGACUCGCCGGUCGUGGUACAGCCAGCGUCCGCCACAGAGACCACCCAGCUCACGGCCGACUCCCACCCCAGCUACCACACCGACGGGUUCAACUAAGUCCAGGAGCAGCUGCGACAGAGGACAGCUCGGCCCCUGGCCACUUCACCCUUAGAACCACGGAGUGUAGUCCCAGAGAUGGGGGGGGCAGC